CAACACCAGAAAGCUAAAGGAAACUAAUUGUGUCUUCGGCUUCUUGGGGGUGGUUUGCAUUUAUGGAGAGUCUCCAAGAACCAAUUAGUUCUCGUUUCAUAGGAGAUCAGUUGGACGUGGAAUGUUUGGAACAAGGAUUUGUUAACUCAGAGCUGUUGAGUUUCGGGAGAGAAGAAGAGGAAGAAAAAGAAACACAGUAUACGAUAUUCAGCUUGAAAAAUAAAAUGCCUUUCCUUCAGAUGCUCCAAAGCGUGGAACUUGAACCCCCACAGCUUUUCGCCUUCAAAAAUCCCAGUUUUCAGACACUUUUGAGACUGCAACACUUGAACAACGACCCUUUCAUGGAAACACAAAUCCAAGCUUUAGAGCUUGAAAGCUGUGUCACCCGUGAAGCACUCGACUUGCAUUCACCGGUCAAAUCCGAGACCAAUAACGACCUUAAAAACAACCCACAUUUUUCAUCUUCAUGCUUUGAUGUUGUGAGCUCCGAGUUCAACCAAAACGCGGACAAUUGCAGUAAAAACGUCACAAAAUCCACUCUUGUUCCCAGAGAAAGAAGGAAGCGGAAGAGAACGAAGCCGGUUAAGAAUAAAGAUGAAGUUGAGAGCCAACGAAUGACCCACAUUGCCGUUGAACGCAACCGUAGACGUCAAAUGAACGAUUAUCUAAAUUCCCUCCGCUCUCUCAUGCCUCCAUCUUACAUCCAAAGAGUAUAUCAAUCGAAUCCCACCAAUAUUUUUAAUCCCCAAGUUAGUUGUUUAGUUUCACUUUCGUUACCAUGUUUUCCUUUUCUUGGUUUGCAGGGUGACCAAGCGUCUAUUAUAGGGGGUGCAAUUGACUUCGUCAAGGAACUGGAGCAACUUGUUCAAUCCAUGGAAGCACAAAAGAGAAUGAGAACAACUGAAGAAAGCAAUAACAACAGCAGCAGUAAUAAUUCGGAGUCAAAGUCUGCAAUAGAAAUUUCACAGCCUGAAGUUGUAAAGGGAGAAGCUGAAAUAGAAGUUAAUGUUGUACACAAUCAUGUCAACUUAAAGAUUCAGUGUGAAAGAAGACCUGGUCAGCUAGUACAAGGCAUUGUCACCCUGGAAAGUCUCAGAUUAACAGUUCUGCAUCUCAACAUUACUUCUUUACAAGCAUCGGUUCUUUACUCGUUCAAUCUCAAGAUGGAGGACGAUUGUAAGCUAAGAUCAGCAGAUGAGAUAUCAGCAACAGUCCACCAAAUAUUCAGCUAAAUUCUAUUGGUAAAAAGGUAUGGUCAGUAGGCAGCUGACUUGAUUCCUCAAGGGAAUAUAGAAAA